CUGUGAUUAGCAACCCACGAUGCAAGCGAUCCGCCGCCACUCGACCAAGCAAGUCCGCGCCUUCUCGGCCAAGGCCAUGCUCCCGGAGCUGAGCUACGACUACAACGAGCUCGAGCCCAUCAUCUCGGCCAAGAUCAUGGAGCUCCACCACAGCAAGCACCAUGCGGCGUACGUGACCAACUACAAUGCGCUCUCGGAACAGUACGCUGAGGCGCAGGCCAAGAACGACGUGCCCAAGAUGAUUGCGUUGCAGCAGGGCAUCCGCUUCAACGGCGGUGGCCACAUCAACCACUCGAUCUUCUGGACCAACCUCGCGCCGCCCAAAAACGGCGGUGGCGGCGAGCCCACGGGCGCCCUCAAGCAGGCCAUCGAGAAGGAGUUUGGCUCGUUCGAAGCGUUCAAGGCCACGUUCAGUGCCCAGACGGCCGCUGUCCAGGGCAGUGGCUGGGGCUGGUUGGGCUACAACCCGGUCCAGAAGCGCAUUCAGUACGCGGCGUUGGCCAACCAGGACCCGUUGAGCACCGUGGGCUUGAUCCCGCUCCUCGGCGUCGACGUCUGGGAGCACGCCUACUACUUGGACUACAAGAACGUGCGCCCCGACUACCUCAAGGCCAUUUGGGAGAUUGUCAACUGGAAGAACGUCGAGGAGCGCUUCGCGGCCGCGGCCAAGUAAGCGUCUCGGUGUACCUAAUGCGAUGUCAAUCCACCAUGUCUUGCGUCUACAUCUACG